CUUGAUAUAUAUAUAUAUAUACCAACUAGAUGUUCCAAUGGAAUACCAGUACAUUGUCUCAACCCAUUAUCAAAAAAAAACUAGAAAAGAUGAAGAAUAUUUUUUCUCUUGUGGUUUUCAUCAUCUUCUUUGUCAUGUUUUCUUCCGUUGCUAAUAAGGUAAAGGCAGCCACAUGCCAAGAUCCUCUAGGUAGUUGUCUACAGUGUGAUGAGAGAUGCAAAGCUAAGCACGGACCGACGGGCCAAGCAAGUUGCGACAGAAACCAACUAUGCACGUGCUAUUACACGUGCGGACCGUCAUCACCAACUCCUCCAAAGCACAAACAAUGCUAUGGUGGGGCUGGCUUGUGCAGCAGUGCAUGCAAUCAAAACUGUGCUCAAAAGUAUCCUGGUGGAUCUGGAUUUUGUGAGAGCAUUGGCAGCACUAGAUUAUGCAAAUGCCAAUAUCCUUGCUAA